CGUGCCAUUCGGCCAUUUUUCCGCGGAUACGCGCGCGUCGUGCAUCAAAUUCACAAGCCGGCCGGCCGGUGGUGCCAAAAAUAAUGAAACGCCGAGGACUUAAACUGGUUAAUUUGUUUUUCAGUAAAGAGAAAGUGACGAAAAAUGCCCGUAAACGAGUACAGUCCCCGGUACCACCAAGAAACGAGGAGGAAGUAUCAUACUUAUUAGAACAUUUAGAAUCUGGUGUACUCAACAAUGAUGACGACAAUGAAGAUGAUCCUGAUUCUAUUUGCAAGAAUACACCGGAGUCAAUCAGUCAGAACAUCACCGACAAUCUAAUAUUACCUACAACAUCGAUUACUCAACAAUAUGAAGUAUUACAAAAUGUGCUGAUUGAAGACGUUUACCACUUACCGUUUGCUGAAAAUACUUGCUCAUCUGUCAUAGAAGAUGAUGAGACCACACAUGAUAUUAUGACUAAUAAUGAGCCUGCCGGGGAAGAAAAUAAUAUCAUAACCCAUCGAUUAUUGGAAGUGGGACACACCCAAAAUGAGGAUGGUCAAAAACAACAGGAGAGCCCUAGAGUCAAAGAAAUGACUCUAGGUGACAUACACGAUUAUCGGGCAUUGUUAGAUGGUAUAAACUGGACUAAAAAUGACAACGGAGAAAAAGUAGCUUGGAGUAAAAUCAAAGUUCAGGUUAGCAAAAACAAUGUCGAUGUAAUCAAGUAUAAGUAUCAACUUGAUGAAGCGUUUAAAGAAAUAACAACACUAAAAAAAGAAAACAACAAGAGGCAGAGGAAAAGAUUGUAUAACAGAUAUUAA